CACACACAUAAAAAGGGGAGUGGACAGACUGAGUGAAGUUUUUCUCCAGUUCAUGACUCCUUUGCUUACAUUAAAUUUUUAAAAAAUAUAGCCCACAAACAAAAAUUGAAUAUGGAAUGGAUUCCAUGGUGCUUGAAUAUUAAUCUUGAUCUGCAAGUUAAUGCUGUAAUGUGAAGCUUAUAUAGGUGAGAAGAAUAUAUGAUAGGACGUCACAAUAAAGAAAAGUUCCAGCUGGUAUACCUCACUCAACUAAAAGAACUAGAGAGUCUCUCAUCAAUUUUACCAACAAGGAAGCAAUCAAGAGUGUGACAAGCAAGAGAUUUUUUUUCUGCACUGCAUUUGUGUAUUUGCAUACUAAUUGUCAUGUUCCUGCUGUCACGUUACCUUCAGCCUGAAGAUCAGUCAAAAAGAAACAUUCAGCAUCAUCUGUGACAGUCAGACAGUGGAACGAAAAAUGCCAGUGAAAUGUUGUUUUCACAGGUCAACACCCACAAAUGCAAUGGCCUGGUCAGAGUCCAUGGACACCUUGCUAGCCAACCAAGCUGGUCUAGAUGCUUUUAGAACAUUUCUGAAGUCAGAAUUUAGUGAGGAGAAUGUUGAGUUCUGGCUGGCCUGUGAAGAUUACAAGAAAACUGAAUCUGCAGAAAAAAUUGCUUCUAAAGCCAUGAUGAUUUAUUCUGAAUUCAUCCAAGCUGAUGCUCCCAAAGAGAUUAACAUUGACUUCAGCACCAGAGACCUCAUCUCACGGAAUAUCUCACAACCAACUCUCAAAUGUUUUGAUGAAGCUCAGAGGUUAAUCUAUAGUCUCAUGGCCAAGGACUCUUUUCCUCGUUUUCUAAAAUCAGAGGCUUAUAAAAAACUGGUAAAUAGUCAACAGGAUGGAAAUCACAAAAGAUGGCUCCCUUUUUUGUGAAGAAGGUAAUGCUAAUAAUUAGAGUGUGCUAUUGAAUAAAAGUGCUAUUG